AUGGAAAUUGAUGGCUUUUUGCUGGGAUUAAGCGUCUUUCUCCACUUUCACGUCUCUGUCUCCUCAGAAGCCACUUGCAAGCUGAAGGCAAAGUUCAACCUGAGCGGCUACAAAGAUGUGGAGAAAAAGAAGGUGAUCAUCGGGGGAAUGUUUCCUGUCCACAAGACCAUUGCUUCCAGUGAUGCUAACACUUCAGGGUUGCCUGUGUCCUUAGGAUGUGAGGGAUUCAACUACCGCACCUUCCGCUGGACCCAGACCAUGGUGUUUGCCAUCAAUGAAAUAAACAACAUGGAUGACCUGCUGCCCAACACCGACCUGGGCUACGUCAUCUACGACUCCUGCUUCACCAUCUCCAAAGCUGUGGAAGGCACCCUCACAUACCUUACAGGCCAAGACGAGGCUGUACCAAACUACCGCUGUGGCACUGGGGCACCCCUGGCUGCUCUCGUGGGAGCGGGGGGUUCUGACCUGUCCAUUGCCACUGCCAGAAUCCUUGGGCUUUACCAUUUUCCACAGGUAGGCUACUGUUCAUCAUGCUCAGCCCUGGAGAGCAAGUUCCAGUUCCCAACUUUUCUUAGGACCAUUCCCAAUGACAAACACCAGUCGACAGCUAUGGCCCAGCUGGUUCUGCACUUCGGCUGGACUUGGGUGGGCACCAUUGCCGCUGAUGAUGACUAUGGCAAGUAUGGCAUCAAAGACUUCAAGGAGCAGGUAGAAGAGGCUGGGGUUUGUAUCUCCUUCUCUGAAACCCUACCUAAGGUGAGUUCCCCCGAAGACAUCCACCGAAUUGUCCAAACCGUAGUUGAGUCCACAGCCAAGAUCAUUGUAGUCUACUCAUCAGACGUUGACCUCAGUCCUCUGGUUCUUGAACUGCUACGUCAAAAUGUGACCAAUCGCACUUGGAUUGCCAGUGAGGCCUGGGUAACCUCAGCUCUCAUUAACCAGCCUGGGGUAAGCUCAGUACUGGGUGGCACCAUUGGCUUUGCGGUGAAGAGGGCCAACAUUCCUGGUCUUCAGCAACAUCUUUUGGACCUGGACCCUUAUGCAGACCCUCUCACUGAGGAAUUCUGGGAGACCCUGUUUAACUGCACACUAGACUAUGGCACAGCCCUAAGGAAGUCCAACGAGAGGGCCAGUGUGUUCGAUGGGACAGCACCCAAGGCAAUCAGGGUUGGUCCUGAUGGUUUGUGUACUGGCAGUGAGUCCCUUGCACAGCUCAACAACACCUACUCUGACAUCUCCCAGCUACGAAUCACCUACAGUGUGUACAAAGCGGUGUACGCUGUUGCCCAUGCCUUGCACAACCUGGAGCAUUGCAAGGAGGGACAGGGGCCAUUCAUUGGGAUCGGCUGUGCUGACAUCACCAAGUUUGAGCCAUGGCAGCUGAUGUACUACCUGAAGAAUGUCCGCUUCAAAGUGCCGCACACAGACGAAGAGGUGUACUUUACGGAUGGAGAUGUAGAGGGCUUUUAUGACAUCAUUAACUGGGGCGUUGAAGGUAAUGGGGAAAUAUCGUACGUCACUGUGGGACACUACAACGGUACCGCAACUUUGGGUGAGAGGAUGGCCAUCAUCGAUGAUUCUAUUGUGUGGAACACUGAAGCUCUAGAGCCUCCUCGCUCAGUGUGCAGCGAGAACUGCAAGCCUGGCACCAGAAAAGGGAUCCGACAGGGAGAGCCGGUGUGCUGCUUUGACUGCAUCCCGUGUGCCGAUGGCGAGAUUAGCAACAUGACUAAUGCUCGCGAGUGUGUCUUGUGCAGCGGGGAUCACUGGUCCAAUGAAGCUCAUGAUGCUUGCGUGGCAAAGAUCAUUGAGUUCCUGGCAUUUGGAGAGCCACUGGGCAUCACUCUUAUCGUCAUCUCCACCUUUGGAGCUCUCGUCACCAUUGCUGUUGGGGUGGUGUUAUUCAUGCACGUGGGCAGUCCUCUGGUGAAAGCCAAUGAUGCUCUAUUAAGCUUCUUACUGCUCUUCUCACUGGUGGUGACCUUCCUCUGCUCCAUUGUCUUCCUCGGAGAGCCUCAGCACUGGAGCUGCAUGACCAGCCAAGUAGCCCUGGCUUUGGGCUUUGCUCUAUGUCUUUCCUCCCUCAUGGGCAAGGCAGCAGUGCUGAUGCUGAGAGCUCAGGCUCUAAAAGCGGCCCGUGCCAGAUCCAAAGCAGCUGCCAAAGCCGCAAAAGAAGCAGCAGCCAACAGUGGCAGCCCUGACGUCAUCGUAACCAACACCACCAACCUCAGUGAUGCUCUGGCUGCUGCUCCUCAGCCUGACGUUCUCACUUCUGCCCACCAGAGGGCAAUAGCUGUUAUGGCAACAUUGAUUCAGGCUUUAGCUUGUACCGUGUGGCUCAUUAUCUUGCCCCCCUAUCCGAUGAAGAACACCUCAGCUCAGAAUAUAAAAAUCAUUUUGGAGUGCAGUGAGGGCUCUGUGGUCUUCAUCUCUUGUAUCUUUGCCUAUGACAUCCUGCUGGCUCUGCUGGCAUUCAUCUUCGCCUUCUUGGCUCGAAAACUAGAAGACCACUUCAGUGAGGCCAAGUGUAUCACCUUUGGCAUGCUGGUCUUCUUCAUUGUCUGGAUCUCCUUUGUCCCGGCGUACCUCAGCACGCGAGGAAAGUUUAUGGUGGCCGUGCAGAUUUUUGCAAUUUUGGCCUCUAGUUUUGGCAUCCUUGCCUGCAUCUUCCUGCCAAAGUGUUACAUUCUCCUGAUUAAACCUGAACGCAACACAGAGGAGAUGAUGAGACCACACGCCAGACCACGUGACGGGACCUCGACUGGGACCUCAGCAUCGCUUGCCACCGGCGCUACUGAUGUCAAUGCUACGACUGCAUCCACUGCUAUUGAUGAUUAAGUGACAGGUGAUAGA